UAGACAGUAUACGCUAAAAAGCUAUCGCACGGUGAUGCCAAUGAGCCGUAACGGACGAGUCCAUUGUGGCGAUGUAAACAACAGGAAAGUGACAUGGAGCAAUAUGCUGGGUUGGUGUGCAGAUGGCUGGCACAAGGCUUUCUUGCCUUGGCGACCUUGACCUUCGUCAUUCAGUGGCUUUUACCAAGGGGAAGGAAAUAUUUUCGAUAUCAACAAUCAUCAGAAGAAUCAACAACAGGAAGGGGAGAUAACUCAGAUGAAGAGAGGAAGACCAGAAUGAGGCAGAAGCUACAACAAGAGCAUACACAAAAGGCUAACAGCUACAAGGAACGUAUUCUGGCACCAAGGGAGGAAGCCAAAAGGGUGCAGAAAGAGGAAGAAUUUGAAAAGUUUCUAGGACCAGCCUGGAAAGGUCAAGGUCACUCAUUAGGGGGUGCUGAUAGCAAGGAAUCUGACAGUGCUGGUGUGGGCGGGGAAAGUCCACCCAAUAGGAGUGCAGCACGCCGGAGAAAGCUGCUGGAAGAACCCACAUCAUCACCCGGGGAAGUCAAGACCAAGACAGUGAAAGCUAAACCAGUGAUAAAGCUACCUGAUGAACCAGAAGAAGGGGAGAAAAACUGUGUGAAUGUAAUACUUAGAACUCCUAUUGGGAAACAAUGCAGCAGGAGGUUCCUCCAUACACACACAGUGAAGGUGUUGUUGGACUUCAUGGCGACUCUAGGCUUCAGCCAGACGUACUACACUAUAUCAAUGUCAUAUCCUCGGCUGAAUUUAUCGGAGCACCUCAACAAGACGAUGUGGGAGAUGGGUUUCCAGAGACAAGUGACCUUGAAUGUAGAGGAGAAGGACACAUGAGGCAGUGACAUCUGUAUUUAGUGAACCGCAUUAAACAUUAGUACAUCUUCCUGAGGCAAGGGAGUUAACUGACAUUUAAAGUCCAGUUUCCACCCUUGCCAAACUUUACAAAUCCUGCAAUCGACUGAAAUCUGCACUGCAGUUUACGAACCGGAUGUCGAUUUCAUUUCACGAUUUUGAUUGGAUUAUGCAUACAGGGCGAAACUACCAUUGUAGUAGAAAAGCAGUGUCUUACACUUAGUAAACCUCAAUUUACCAUCUAUGCGGUAAAUUCUUAAUUCUACAGGGUUGAACGUGAUAUUUAUUGUCUAACUUGAAAAUUGUAAUUUUUACACACUUAAGGAUUUUAGUGGUAGAUGGUAAGCAAACUGCACUCACAUAGUUAUAUUUUCAUUAUAUUGACAGGUUGGCUCGCUUUAUAAUAUGAAAAAAUAAAUAACCAUCACCUACUAAGAAUGAACAUGUAAAAACACAAAAAAAGUAAUAUUAUCAAUUUGUUUGUAUGUUCAUAUUUUAUUUGUCAUAAUAGAUGUUUCGUGAAUGAAAGUCGAAAAUGUGUUGGUGGAACACAUAUAUAUAUUACAAAUAAAAAAUCAUAACAAAACAUCACCAAUAUUUGUUACAAAUAAAACGUAACAUAAACAGUCCCAAAAAUGCAAGAAAUAGUGUUUAAGAGCGUCUAAUUUUCUAAAAUGUCUUGGUGAGCAUGCCUCCAAACCCUCCUUGCGAGCCCUCGUAAAAUUGGUUUUGUUACACUUAAAAUCAGCCGAGUUGCACCUCUGGCAUAGACUCCUUAGUUCCAGCCUAGUUCGGCAAGGGUGGAAACUGGACAUUUAUAGUCAGUUAACUCCAUGGCCUACGUACAGCCCUAGGCCCAUAACCACCAUCAGGAAAGUUAUACUACUCAACUUUUGAUAAGGGUCGAAAUAGUCAUCUUUAGUCAAAAGUGUGGUCCAUAGCAACUGUUGAGUAGUAUAUUAAGAUAGCUUUUUAUAUUUUUUUUAUUAUUACAAACACAAGCUCAUUUAUAAACCGAUAUUUGCGAACAUUAUAUAUUAUUAAUCAAAUAUCACUUUUUAUAUCUUGCUCUAUAGCUAUAAUACGUACAUAGUGUGAUGUGACAUGACAUGACAUUGAUCAUAAUUGUUCACUGAUUCUUUUCAAUUAACUCAUCUGAAAUUAAAAAGCAUGCUUUGUAAUGACAGUCCCAUUAGUCCAUGCAGACUUGAUGCCAGGUCGGGUUAUACUCCAUUCCCCUGGGGAACUGUCAUGGAGAGCCUUUUAUCACCAUAGGCUUAUAAACCUACUGGCUGUUUGGAGUUUUUGAAAUUGUGGUAACACCUUGUAGGAGGUAUUACAACGAUUGUAACACCUCGCAGGAGGGUUUACAAUCUCUAGUAAUCCCUCGGAGACAUGGUUUCUCCUACACAAAGAAUGUUAUAGUCUCACCAGUCAAAUGACCUGACAUUGGUGGUAAAACCUCCCGGAAAUAUUUUUUCACAACAAAUCAAUAAUUGAAUUUUAUAUGUCUGGCCUUGACAAGAUAUUUGCAUCUAUUUACAUUGGAAGUGUUGUGUUUAGUUUAACAUCCUCUGUUAGGCAUACGCAACACAUCACACUUCUUGUAGCCCAUUGUGUAGUCUGGCAAGAGAGUUGUCUCCCCUACAUUACAAAUUAGGCGACCACACCAUAACUGGGCUGCGCCAUGAUACAACAUACAGUGAAGGAAAAGUUUUGAUCUAAGAACUAUGGUGUCCUAUGGGCAGGGCCCUAAUUAUUUUAUAUCUUCCGGAUAUUUUGACCUUCUCAGGAAAACAAUGUCCUUUUAAAAACAAGGGAGGUAAUUUCAUUGAUGAGAUUCUCCUUACAAGUGAAGCUAUCAUGUAAUGCAAUGUAUAAACUUUCUUUAGAAUGUUAGGAUCAUGUUCACGAUGAUACCCUUCAUUUUGGAAGGAAAAUAGCUAGUUUAUUAAUCAAAAGUCAAAUGUAUGAUGUUGUCAUUGACCUGAAUGUAAAGUAAGGCAGGAAUGAACAUGGCUAGUUUAUUAAUCAAAAGUCAAAUGGAACAUGUUGUCAUUGACCUGAAUAUAAAGUAAGAUAUAUCAUGUACUCAGUGGAUUACUUAUGUAUAUCAGGUCUCAUUUAGAGUCCUAGUUCAAGGACACGAGUACCCAAUCAGGGGAGAUAACUCAUUGUUGAUUAAUUGUUGGAAGAAUGUCUAAAGGUGAAGCAUAAAAAAUAAUAAGAGUAUAGAAUAAAAGUGGCUACUACAUGUGAAGUAGCGUAUGGUGUAAAUGAAAUGCCAUAAAACCCAACUCACUCAGCCAAUUGUGACUUGCAAAAUUUUGGAGGGAUUUUAAACUGAAGAAAGGAUUGUUCAACAUUGGUUUAUAAAUAUGAAUUAAUGCAAUUACUUCCACAUUAGUUUUUAGACUAGACCAGUGUUUUUUAUGUUUUUUCUGGAGACAGCACACAUUUGCAUAAGUAAAGUAAUAAAAAUAAAUUACAAUGCUGUGUUGAUUAAAAAUACUGGUAUAUUUAUUUUGGGAAUUUAUUUGUUUGUAUUCCUGUUGAUUAAUGCAUAUUUCAAGGUUUUUUUUGGUGGUAAUUACCCUCAAGUCAUAUCGGGCCACCGUUUUGCAUUAUGUUUAUUUUGCCUGCUGAGUGAAAUACAUGUAAGUUUGUUGACAUCACUGUACCAGUUAAUGAAAUGUUUCUUAUUUUAUAUUUUUCUAUCAUGAAUGUGAAUAACUGUGUGUGUGACUGAGAGUAUAUCAGUGUAGUUUUUGUGACAUAUUUGUCAUAUGGUUUAUGUAUAUUACUCAAAAGAAGUUAAAGAACACCAGUAUUUUUCCAGUUGCUAUAGUUAAUCUGUCAUGGCCAUGACAGAUUAACUAAAGUCACUUGCAAAAUUUGGGUGUUCUUUAACUUCUUUUGAGUAGUAUAUGUUGCUGUUGAAAACGUAGUCUGUACAUUUAUUCAUAUCAAAUCAAUGUAGAUACAUCAGGGCCAGAUAUGAAUCAAAUCCAAGCAAAUCAAAACAUUGUUUUGAAAUAACUAUUUUAUAAAACAAAUUCUCACAAGAAAUUGAUCAUAUUUUUGCCUAAAUCCCAGUGACAAGGAAUGUGAUGUCAUUUAUUGUGUUCUGAUGUCAUAGCAUUCAAGAAUGACAUGUGUAUGUGUCACUGUUUAUAGAUUUGCAGUAGUAACUAAGUAUUCAAUGCUUGGAAAGUUUAUCAUUUGAACCCCUGACUUAGAUGGCUGGUUCCAAAUGAAAUUUUGUGCAUUAAAUCCUCAGCAACACCUCAGAUCUGAAAACACUUUGUUAUUUUCCUUAUCUAAUACCACAGUUUCAUUUUCAUUCAUGAGUUUUGAAUACUAAUCAACUUUUGAUAGGGAUAAUCAGAUAUGUCAGAUAUAUUUAUAUAUAAACUUAACCUAUAAUGAGAAUCAUUUUUGUUUCAUGAAAGAUAAAAAUAUCGCAACUAUACACAUUUGCUUUAAUACCAACAAUAGGACCAAAUCAGCACUGGAAGUAACAUAGAGUGGGUUUCGUCACGUUUUCACCCAAACAUUGUUACAACACAGAAAUAAAAGAAUAAAGAAUCCAAUUGUUCAAUAUGUAUAUUUCUUAAAACAAGUUAAGGAACACCCAAUUUUUACAUUACUAUAGUUCAUCUGUCAUACCAUAUUAUUAUAAUUCAUUUGUCAUACCAUGACAGAUUAACUACAGUAGUAUGAAAGAAUCAGGUGGUCCUUGACUUUUUUUGAGUAGUAUAUAUGUGCUAUUGGCUGACAUGUUGAAGACAUGUGCCUUGCGUUACAUCCUUGUAAACAGAGGAAAUCCUGUUCCAAUCUGAUAACGUUGGUCAACAAGUCAGAUUUUGUGCUGUAUCAUGUUUCAUUCUGCAUAUAGUCUUCCCUACGUACUUAUGUAGGUAGAAGUGCUGAAUGUGCAGUACUUCGGUAAAUGUGAGUCAGCUGACAGGCAGUGGUUGUCAACAAGAGAGACAUUGUAUAUAUUGUUAUCAUCCCAUUUGUUUAGGAUGAGGGAGUUAAUAUAGGUCCCUAUGAAACACAGACGUAAUAAUGAUUUCACACUCUCAUUGUUAAGGUAAUACAUUAUGAUGUCACAAUGGUAAUUGACAUCAAAGCCUAUCAUUGUUGACUUCUCCACAACAUUUUCAAUAGAGAAGGCACAACAUAUUCACGACAAUUAAUUAUAAAGUGUUUGAUAAUAAAGAUAUGUUUGUUUGUGUAUCCUGAUUUUAUGAAAUAUGUGAUUUCUUGUAUGGGAAAUAAAAAAAUAAAUGACACACGUUUUGAAAAUUCAGAACAAGUACUCACACACGUAUAAUAAUAGUAUCUGGACCAGACAAUCUAGUGAUUGACAUCAAGAGCAUCAACCAAUUGGGAUACGAUGAUAUGCAUCUACCAAGUCAGCGAGCAAGUUGAUUUGUGAAAAAAUAUUGUCAAAAUGAUUACACCAAUCAUCAAUAGUUAUAUUUGGACUGUGAACAGAAAAUCUAGUCAUAUCUCGUGCAGUUCUCCAAAACUCUUUUGUAUUAUUUAUGCUGGCUGUUUGUUCAUCACGAAUAGAUUCGUUAUAUCUUCUUUUCUUCUCCCGCGUUAGGUAAAUAUAAUUAUUUCUUGCUCUUAUAUAAGGACCGAGGGACACGCUAUCUUGACGCUUUCUACAAACCAGUACAGCGAGCCUGACCACUGGAUACUGUUAGUCCGCUCGACAAGCAUAGUCGCCUCUUACGACAAGCAUGGGUUGCUGAAGACCUAUUCUACCCCAGAUCUGUAUGGGUAACGGUGAUGUAACUGAAAUACUGUUCCAAAGUGGCCUUUUACCAAGACUCACUGUUUGAAGUAAUGGCUGACCGAGGUGCUAGUACCGUAUGCCUGUUCUUGUAUUGGAUGCCAUCAUGGAGGAGACUAUGUGAGUUGUGGUUGUGGAUGUAAGCUCCAUGUAAUGUUUAUAUUAUGAUUUAUAAUUUGGCAUCAAAAGCCUGUAUGACCCAUGUGAAGAUAACGGCAUGUUCAGUAAAUGGAUUAAUUGUUUUCAGCAAUUCAUGGAUGAUGAUUUUUAUACACGUCUUAAUUGUAAAUGAAUUAUUGAAAUAAACUUUACAUGUCACA